GGGUCCGCCCUAGGAUGUACUGGGUUGGGUCGGACCCUAUUAUUUUAGGGCUGGGUCGUAAACCCCUCCAAAAAAAUAAAAUAAAUAAAAAAUAAAUAAAUUAAAAAACCUUCUUUCUCUUUCCUCGAAAAAAAAACAAAAAACUUCUCUGUUCUUCGUAGUCGGCGAAUUCAGAGACGUCAUCAGUGUGUAUUUUUCUGUUCAAUCUUUAGCUCGGGAAAUCAUUCAAUAUGGGACUGAAAAACAUCAGGUCGGAUGCUACGAAGAAAGCAGAUCGGAAAUUUGAGAAGAAACUUGAGUUUUAUUCGAAAGUCAGAGAGACAGUUGCUUCAUUGAGUGUUACGAAGGCGAUUACAAAGAAAAGCAAGAGUGCAAGAAAACGGGAAAAGAAAUUAAAAGCUUAUGACCUAUCCCUCCUCAAUGAAGUCUUACCUGAGGUGAAAGAAUCACAACAACCUGCUCCUCCACCUAAAAAAUUGAACUGCAAAUCCAGACAGAAACUAGUAUUGAAGGAGACAGAACGAAUGGAGGCUGUCUUAAAACAUCCUGCUUUCCAAUCCGAUCCAUUCGCUGCCAUACAUCGGUACCUGGUGAACACCCAACAGCUCCUAAAGCUGAGCCUGUAA